UUAAAAAAUACCAUACCAUAAAAUAGAGUUGUAGGGCAACAUCUUUAAAAAAUAUCAAUAGUAGUGAGCAAUCAUUUUCACUCGCUAAUGCUAACUUGUCUUCUUACAGCCGCCUUGUCCAGUGCGACGCAGCAUCAUCAUUUCCCAAAGACUUUCUUCUAGCAGUGUGUUCAAUUUGCUUUAGGAUUGUUUUUGUUUUAAUGAGAAUAUAUUUUUUUUAUUAAUAAUUAUAUUGUUGGUCAAAUGACAUGACAAGAGAUGAUCGAAAAACUGGAAAUGGUUGAUAUAGCUUAGUUUUUAAACAGAUUCAUAAACCCAACAAAGAACGAGAAAGGAGAUAAUCAAUCCAUCAAGAUCUUGCACAAAUAUGGAAAACAAUGGAAAGCAGUCACCAGAGAAGUUUGCGGUGGUCACUGGAGCAAACAAGGGCAUUGGUCUUGAGACAGUGAGGCAGCUUGCUUCUCAAGGAGUCACGGUGGUGCUAACGGCUAGAGAUGAGAAAAGAGGGAUGGACGCGACGUCUAUGCUUCACAAUAUGGGUUUAACCAAUGUUGUUUUUCAUCAACUUGAUGUUUUGGACCCAGUUAGUACUGAGUGUUUGGCUAACUUCAUCAAGAACAGAUUUGGUAGGCUUGAUAUCUUGGUUAACAAUGCUGGAGCCUCUGGAGUUGUGGUUGAUGAGGAUCGCCUAAGAGCUUUAAAUAUAGAUCCUGAAACUUGGCUUUCAGGGAAGGCAAUCAAUAUGAUUCAAGAGGUGAUUAUAACAACUUACGAGAAGGCAGAAGAAUGCUUAAACACUAAUUACUAUGGAGUUAGAAGAGUAACAGAAGCUCUAAUUCCACUUCUACAGCUAUCCACUUCAGGGGCUAGAAUAGUUAAUGUCUCCUCUUUGAGGGGCGAGCUAAGAAGAAUCCCAAGUGAAGAACUGAGAAAUGAACUUAAUGAUAUAGAAACACUAACUGAAGAGAAGCUGGAGGCAAUAUUGAAGAGAUUUUUGCGAGAUCUAAAAGAGAAUUCACUUCAAGCAGGUGGAUGGUCAUUAAUGUUGCCAGCAUAUGGCAUUUCCAAGGCCACUCUUAAUGCCUACACUAGAGUUCUUGCUAAGAGAUAUCCAAAUAUGCUUAUAAACUGUGUUCAUCCUGGCUAUGUCAACACAGAUAUCAAUUGGCACACAGGGCCAAUGCCUGUAGAAGAUGGAGCUAAAGGUCCUGUGAAGUGUGCUCUUUUACCAGAUGGAGGCCCUACUGGUUGUUAUUUUGAUCAAACAGAAGUUGCAGAAUUUUGAUUCUAUACUUUCUUAGUUACAAGUUGCAACUGGUUUCUGGUUUUAAUCAUGUUCUUAAAAUGUGAUCAUUUUGGAUAUGAACACUUUUUGUUAUCCUUUUUUUUUU